GGGGGGGGGGGGUUAUUUUUGCUCCGAGUGAGGGUCGGUCCAAGGAGAGACGCUGAGCCUCCGUCAGGUUGGUCCACCUGCAUCUCAUCGGUUCUGGACACGAUGACCGCUGGGAACAUGGAGCUGUUUGAUGCUGGGCAGAAAGGUCGAGGCCUGAGGGCCAGGAGGGAGAUCAUCACCGGAGAGGUUCUGUUGGCCGAGCCCAGCUACGCUGCCGUGGUCUUCAACAGCUUGGCCUUCCAGGUGUGCCACAGCUGUUUCCGUCGUCAGGCCAAUCUGCACCGAUGCGCUCAGUGCCGGUUCGCCCACUACUGCGACCGGACCUGCCAGACGGCCGGCUGGGAGGAUCACAGGCAGGAGUGUGCAGCCAUCAGGAGGUCGGGCACGGCCCCCAACGACAACGUCCGCCUGGCAGCUCGGCUGCUGUGGCGCAGGAACAAAGACCAGGGUUUGGCCUCAGACAGCCAGCUGGUGCCGGUGGAUCAGCUGCAGGACCACCUGGAAGCUCUGCCUGAAGAUGAGCUGAAGAAACUGGAGCUGGACGUGCAGAGCUUCCUGAGAUACUGGUCCUGUGGAACCAAGCAGCAUCCUGCUGAAUACAUCAGACACAUCUUUGGCCUGAUUAAAUCCAACGGACUGACGCUGCCCGAUCAAAGAGGUCUGCAGUCUGUUGGUUUGGGACUUUUCCCCAACCUGAGCCUCGUUAACCACGACUGCUGGCCCAACUGCACCGUCACCCUCAACCACGGAAACCGAUCGGCCGUGAGCUCCACUCUUCACUCCCCGCUGAGGAUCGAGCUCCGAGCUCUGGGGAAGAUCUCCGAGGGCGAGGAGCUGACCGUCAGCUACGUGGACUUCCUGAACCUGUCGUCUGAGCGCCAGAAGCAGCUGAAGGAGCGUUUCCACCUGGACUGCAGCUGCGAUCGCUGCAGCCGGCACAUCGGAGACGACCUGAUGGCGGCAGCCGCAGAAGGAAAGCCGUCUGCCGAUGCGGUCAAAGAGGUCACCGCCUUCAGUAAGGAGACCCUGGAGAAGGUGGAGAAAGCUCGUGGAGACGGAGAUCACGGCCAGGUGGUGAAGCUGUGCCAGGAGUGUCUGGAGAAGCAGGAGGAGGUCCUGGCCGACACCCACCUGCUGAAGCUGCGGGUGCUCUCCGCUCUCGCCGAGGUUCUGUCCUGCCUCAGGAAGUUCUCUGAAGCGGCAGAGAUCGCCCGGAAGCUGGUGGCAGGAUACGCGAAGCUGUACCACCCCAACAACGCCCAGCUGGGCUUGGCCCUGAUGAGGGCGGGGGUCGCUCACUGGCACGCCGGGCAGGUUGAGACGGGCCAUAAGAUGAUCUGUGAGGCGUAUCGCAUCAUGAUGGUCACUCAUGGACCGAACCACUCCAUCACCAAGGACCUGGAGUCCAUGCGGUCACAGACUGAGGUGGAGCUGAAGGCCCUGCAGCAGGUUCUGGACAUGAAGAACCAGCCGAUGACCAGCAGCAGCUCUGCCCAGGAAAACACCAAGGACUUCCUCCGCAAGCAGUGAAGCACCGAUGCUAGCUUCAGACAACAAACCCACGGACGUUUACUGUGUUUAAACUAAACUACAGUAACUUAUUAAGUAAUAUUUGCAAUAAAAUGGAGCCAUUCGUGUUGGAUUUCA